AUGUCCUCAUAUCGUCCUACGACUUCCUUGAACCGCAAAAGAAGGCGACCUCAUUCCCCAUACAUUUCCAAUGAGCUGAAGUUGGAACUCGAAAACCAUCACCAUCCACAACCAAACGAACUAAUCCCGGAUGACGACAGAGUAUUCCGCCUUUUGAAUAAACUCAUCUCAUUGUCGUCAUCGUCCAAUUCAUCGUCCCCUACAACUCUAGUGUUUGUGUUAUCAGCAUCCGAAAGACUCUAUUUGGAAUCAGAGCAAAUAUCCACCAUACUAAGAGACCGGUUUGGUCUUUCAGGGCUUGAAAUGGCUUCUCAAAGUCCAGGGUCAAUUGAGACUUUGGCCAUGGCUUAUGGGAAUACAGCAGCAGUGGUAAGCUCUGCAGUGUACAUCAGUUUCUGUCUCUGUGCUAAGAUCAAAGACGUUUCACGUUGGAGUACUUAUACUUUGAAAUCACUGAACUUUAAGCUACAAUUGAUAAUACCGAAAGUUAUCAAUGAUUCGGUACUAGAUGCCCUUUCAAGAUCAUCAGAAUUGACUUCAAUGGAUUCCUGUUCCACAACUCUUCAUCACUGUGUACAUACUGAAGUUCAAGCUAUUCAAAUAAGAUCAGACCUCCAUUCAAUGAUGGUGUUCUUAUCUAAGCUUUUGGAGUUGGACCAAUUCAAACUGGUGUCACCACUCCAAUUGAAAGACUUUACUUCUAACCCUAUCUUUGCUGUUGCCAACGAACCAGCAUUGUAUAAGAGACACGAAACAGUUCUUAUGGAGUCCAAGAAUGCCAUACUUGACUAUGUUCUACAGUGA